UUUUAUUUGUUUAGCAAUGUUUUUGGUUAAUACAAAGUGAAAUUUAUUUAAUUAAAGUAGUAAAAAUGGAAAAUAACGAGAUAACAAUGUUCAUGGAUGUUAAACUGGAUAUACACAAUAAACGCCCAGAGUCUCUGAAAUUCAAGCAAUGGUCCAGAUGUGAAGUAAAAAUUGAAGGAAUAAAGUGUUUGCCCAGCUAUUUGCGUGCUACCAUCUCAGGAUGUAAUGAUGCUGAAGCGAGCGUAGCGGAGGAGGAACGUGCUGAUCCCAAACGAUACAUAAGUGUCUCCAUUAUAGUUCCCGGCGUUAGCAUAAGUUUAGCUGCUUCGCGCACAAAAGAGUUCAGCUAUGGCCUUUUCUGGACACAGAAUCGGAAGCAGUGUUACAUAUAUUUCGCCCUCGAAACGGAUACAAGUUGCAGAAGGCAUAUGAAGUGGAUUAAAAAGACUAUUAAAAAUUUGGAGUUGCAUCGGCAGUUGAUGUUGGAACAAAAUAGAAUAAGUCGCGGUCCAAGUAUGGGCGCGGCUGGUGUACAUAUAAUGCAAUUUGAGAAGGAAAACAAACAGAUAAAUAGCCAAUCAAAACAGGAGAAUGGAAAUUUGUCUGAAGCACCUUAUUCCACCCUUGGGCCCCUCCCUAAUAUUCCAAACUGUCUAGAUUCUAAUCAAAGUAAUUGGUCGCGUCGCGUGUCACACAGCUCGGAGAUUUAUGAAGAGAUUUUUGAAAAUAUUGAUGGACAACCUCGUCUCUCAAGACGCGUUUCGCGUGCUUCCAUUGCUUCUGGUAUUUACGAAGAGAUGAAGCCCAGCGCUAAUGCCUUCAAUGUCAUCGAUGAAGAAUCUACUGAAUCACAGCCAGCAAGUGGAACAACAACUGCGCCACCUCCACUUCCACCCCUACCACCGCCACGAAAACGUAUCAACACUUUCGAUGGGCAAGGCGUAUUGGGUGAAAUACCACGCUCAAAUACAAAUCCUGAAUCAGAAUUGGCUAAGAAAAAGAAGUACAAAAAUGUGUUGGAUAACAUUUUCGGCAGUGGUCGUGCCAAGCGCGCCGAGAGUGUUAGCGAAACACAGGCUUGCACUGCGGAGGAUAUAAUUAAUAGUAUUACGCCCACCAAGCCUGUCAAAGAUAAUGAGAUCACCACGCCCAUUUAUGCCAAUGAUUCAGCGGUAAAACGACAGAAAAACACGAAAUAUUCGACUUUAGCUGCAGCAAAGCGUAAUAGCUUUUCUUCGCCAGAUCUGUCAAAAAUAAAUUACGUGGACACAUUUGACGAGAAAGACAUUGCCGUUGGCUCUUUGAACAACUCGAUUGCAUGUAGCGAUGGUGUAGAUUUGAGUACCGAUAGCUUACACAACGCUUGUAUAAUGCCGUCCAAGGAAAACUUACAAUCUUCAAUUUUCCAUGGCAGAAUAUCAACUGAUAAUCUUAAUGUGUCUGAAAAAAUUCCAAAUAAUUUUAAUUUUUCAGCCAUUAAUUCAUCUGGUAUAAACUUAAUCGGUUCUAAUGGUGCCGCAAUACCCACAAGCAAUCAAAGAAAGAAUAAAAUUUUGAUAGACGAUCUAACAGGCUACUGUGUGAUGGCACCUAUUCGACCAAAGCAAGUCCUACCGACAGGGACAGAAAGAGUUCCUGCUGAGCCCACCUCGUCUGGUUACUCAACCAGUUCUAAUCCAUCUACAAGUUCUUCCUCCGCAGAAGACCCCAAGGCUUCAGCAGCUCCCAAGCCUCCUCCAGUGGCUGCAGAGGAGAGUGCCAUAUAUGAACAAAUGUUGGACUUACAUACAUCAAAUAGCGAACAGGAGACCACAGGCAAUAAAAGUACAAUAAAAACAGCCAAUGACACCAAUACACUUGCUACAUCUACUGCCUCGACAUCCACCUCCAACAUUGCAGAUUUUACGGGUAAUUUGUACGAAAAUUUGUUGGCCGUAAAAGCUUCGCAAGAGCUGGAGCAGCAGCUACCACCUACGGCACUUAGUACAAGUACACCCACCGAAUCGCCGCAUACCCAACCAACUGCGGACAACGAGAAGCAAUUGGAGGAAGAAGAAAACUACUACCAAACGCCGCGGAAGUCGAUAAUUAGUGUCGACGAGAAGAUUCCCUCCUAUUACCCAAAUAGUUGUGAUACCGCUAAGACUCGACGCCAUCACACAUUGGCCACAGCGAGUCCACAGAUGGCGGUAUAUAAUACUUCGCCCACCGUUGGUGCGACCAGCACAGCAGCGGCGAGCACAAUCGAGAGGAGCAGCACUGCCUCAACCUCUGUCGGCUUACGUCAACUGGUCACAUUGAAAAUACGUCGCGAACGUAAAGAUAACCUAUACAUCUCAUCUCCACAAAGCAUAAUUGAGCAACGCCAAAGUGGAAAUUAUCCACCGGAAAUCGAUAACAAAAACUCGCAGAAAAAUGGCAGAGUUCAAAAAUCGCUGCGGGCGGGUGCUAUGAAAAUUGCCGAGCAUGUCUACACUGUCAAACAUGCUAAGCACAAAGGUCACAACGUCGAUAAGAACCUGAACAAUAAUAACGAAACGAAUGUAGCUAACUUCGCCGAAGAUAUGCGCGAUCGUCUACACACCGAGCUGCUUCAGAUCGCUUUGCUACAAAAGAUUGACUUUAAAUUCGAUGACGCAAAAUCAGCUGAAGAUCAGCAGAGUCCAGUGGGAGAGCAGUCAACGUCAUCACCUACGGCAAAACAACAGCAGCUGAGUAGCGAGAAGGAGCGCAUCUACGAAAAUCUGCUGCAUCACAACCUGCAAUUACGGCAAAAUGAAAAUGAUGUGAUGACCAGUAGCGACGGCGGUCCGUCGUUGACUCCUCCAGCUCCAACCAGCGUGACAAGCUCCAAAUUGGAAAUGCAUCAGAGUUGUAUGGCUGGCGUAAGCGGCGUGGCAAGCAUUGCUACUGCCGAUGUUGUCAAAGUGGCUGAUAGUUGCAGUGCCGUUGCGGACGGUAGCGGGUUAGGCGGCGGCGUAAAAAAAUUCGCCUCGCUGCCGCGUUUCAAGAAGAUCGAUUUCUCGCCGCUACGUCUGCGUAUCAACAAUGUCUUGCAGCGCGGACAGCAACAGGACUUCUAACUCUUCCCAUAAGGUGGCUCAGAAGGGAGAAUUUUUCUUCUCUGCCGCCACUGGUGUUGAGAGCCACGACUGUGUGCUUAAAAAUAAUCAACUCAAAAAUACGUUUAUUAAUUAAGAUAUGUAUGUAAUCGCUUCAAAAGUGUGCGUUUGGUUAGCUCUAAAUUAUUUUAAACUUAGCGAGUGUAGGCUCCAGCUAUCGUUAUGCGCUCGAAUUUUUUGUGUAAGUUUUUAGUUUCCGAAAAACUUUGACUGUUUUAUGAGCAGGUAAAAAUGUGAAAGUUAAGCGGUAUGCAAAAAAUUGUUUUUAAAUUUUUUUAUUCUUAAGCAGGAAU